CGAUGCUUUCAGCCUUCACUGGCAGCCAAGAUGUUGAUGAUCCCGCUCCCGCUACGGACGGCAUAUGUCUGCCAACCUUGAUGAUGGUGGCGCCGGCCUUGUAUCGGAGAUAUUACGAGAACUCAACGGCGAGAAAUGGCCACGAUCAUUUGAACAAUGUGGGUGAAACGGAUGAGGCGAUUGAGCCUUGACUUUGUUACUGAAUAACGUGGAAAACGUUUAGCCAUUGGAAUUGAUGAAUGGUCACGGAUACUAUCCCAACAUGCUCUGUAUGUGGAAUACUGAGGUCGGGCUUCUCCUCACUUCGUGAUGUGUUACAACAUCAAAAUUGAGUUAUCGUAGUGUCAAAGACAAUGGAAGCUCACAUGAGAUUGAAUAUACAGUACAAACACAGUAUAACAAACAUGUGAUGACCCUUGACUUCCAGUGACUUCAAUUGACGUGCCCCGCUGUCCGCGGGCUACCAAUUGCACAGCCCAUCUCUAGAUCUCACUCUUUUUUACCCCUCCACACUAAACUAAACCCAAGAUCGAAACUGCUCAAACCACCAUCACAACGUUACGCACUACCUUAUCCUAAGAGAAAAUUAAGUUACGAAAAUCAGCAGAUUCUCCUUAAGCGAAAUUUUGUGCUGCCUUCCUGAAUCCAAACUGCCAAGAGCUCACUGCCAAGCCAACUACAACGGCUCUAUCGGCUUCCAGGCCCUGGUCAGCAGAGCAAAGCAAAAGCAAAAGCAACAAUGGCUCUCGAAAUAGUAUCUCUCGAACACCUGCCAAACUCGCACAAGGUCUACGUUGCCCUGUUCCGUGACGUACAGAAUUCGGCCUUUUUGCACCAGCAGCUGCUCGCUCGGAACCCUCAGUUCGAGUACGCCUUCAUCGAUGCCUCAGUGGUUGUCUCGCGGCUUCAAUUAUUAUCCGCUGUCUUCAAGGCUACGUCGACGGCUGUGAAUGGCGCUCUCAGGACUCCAAACGUUCACUCCGAGAUUGUCUGUGCCAUGAGUUCUUCUAAUAACAUUGCUGAUGCCUAUCGUCGAUAUGGUAUCUCUCCUUCUACGAAGGACCUCAUCGUUGUCAAGGUCACAUUCCCUGGAGAGGAUGGUGCUGAGCCCUUGACGCAUGACCAGAUCUGGGAGCAUCUCAAGGCCAAUGUUGAGGGAGAGGCUUUAUCCAUCACAGAUGACCAAAUCUCCACCACCACUGACGUACCAAAGGUGCGCAAGUACUACAAGUUGAACGGACUCAAGUGGUUGGACGAUAUUAAGGAUGAAACGGUCAAACAGAAGGAGAUGGAGUCACUCGUCAUUGGCGCAAUGGCUCUAAGGGGCGUCUGAAGCACAAUACCAAGUCAAAAGCUUCACAGUCAAUCAUAUAAUCAUCGUUAGAGACUAAAACGUAAGUCAUUUCUUCAUCUAUGCUUGAUCUAUCUCGGAUAUUGAGAUGCUAGACGCCCUGGACUCCUGAUCGCUACCCAUGAUGCAAAACAAAAGAAACAUAAAGACAUUGAUAUCAAGUUCUUUUCUCUUCCCUCUUCCCUCUUCCCUUUUUUAGUUUUUGUUCAAUUUUUUACUUCUUUAAGCCAAGCCGACGGCGCUCUUGCAUCGUCGGACAAGCUCGGCCCAGAGAGCAUCCCGGCUGCCCCUGGUUCGUUGAACGGCGUCCUUGUUUUCGUGUGCGCGUCGCAGGAGGUACUUCAUGCACUCGCCAGUGGUUCCCCAGACGAGGUACUUGUAGGCGGGCAGACUCUUGGUCUUGUCAGACUGGCCAGCCUCGACGAGCUCGCAGCUGACCUCGUCAGCCAUGCCCUGGAGUUGAGCAAAAGCAAUGUCGGACUUGGCUCGGCCGGCCUCCAUGAUGGCGCGGCUUCGUCGCACGGACUCGGCGUUGUGAGAGGCGACGACAAGGCUGGCAGCGGGGUACUCGCCGGAACCCUUGACGUCAAUGUUCCACUCGCGGGUGAGGACGCUGGCAGCGAGGGAGUCGAAGCAGGCGUCGGUCUCCUCCUUGGUGUCGUGGAAGAGCUCGCGGGGGUCAGAGUUGAGAUAAGCGCCACGGACAAGCUUGACACCGAGAGCAAAGUUCUCGACUUGAGCGAGUUUCAGGUGGUUGGAAAGAACCUCGGGGCACUUCUUCUUGUAGGCUUGGUAGGUACCGAAGAUAACAGCCUCGCCAAGUCCCUUGUUGUACUUGCGGGUGAACUCGAGAGUCCAGUCGUCAAUGCCGUCCUGGAGCAUGUCCUGCUCGGCGUCGAAGAGGAGGCGGACACCUCGCUCGUGGGCAAGCUGGCAAAUGGAGUCGAUGGCCUUGUACAUGGCGGGGCUGGGAGGAAGACGGUCCUUGAGCUGGUAGAGAGCGAUGCUUCCGGCUCCAGUAAACUUGAGGGCGACAAAGUCACCAGGCUCAGCAAGUCGGACAGUCUCGAGAGUGCCUCGAGCCCAGGGAAGAAUCUCGUUCUGAAUGCACUCGUCGGUCUCCAUGGCACCGUUCUUCAGACCCUCGCCCUCAUCUUUGGUGAGGACAACCUCCUUGGCGUAGUUCAGAAUAACACCAGUGAAACCAAUGUUCUUGAGUCCAUCGAUAGUCUUCUUGAUCUCGGGUGACUUCUCACCCGCGCAGAACUGAGCGUAAAAGGUCUUCUUGAGGAAAUAUCGCAGAAGCGGGUUCUUGUCGGGGUUGAGCAGAGGGUUGGUGGUGUUGGCCAGAAUACCCAUGACGUGCAGAGAGGGAGGUAGGAGCAGAGGCGAGGAGGAGACGGUCAUGGUGGCGAGAGAUCGGAGAAUCAUGAUGAGAGGGAGAACGGAGAGAGGCGCCUUGCUGGGGGCGAUGGGAGGAAGAGGAUCGGGGAUCUGCUGCUGCUCGACGAUGGUGUUUGUGCGUCGCUCAGAGGAGUGGAUGUGACGGCGGGCGACCAUGUUGGUCUUUGUGAUGGUGAGGCAUGGUCGGAGUGUGUUGAUGGUGAUGGCGUUGGAAGCAGUCGCCCAGCGAAGGGGCUGGGCAGUCCCUCGCCGAAGGGCCGAGCUCAUUAUAUGAGAUGUGUGUGGUGUUGAGAUGAAGGUCCUAAGUUGGUAGUUGGAUGGAGAUGCUGGAUCAGUAUGGAGGGAUCCAGAUGGUGAUUGUGUUGAUGUUGGUGUUAGGUUUACGGAGCGAUGAUGCAAGAUAAGUCAAGUUAGAUUCUAUCUGGUUCGGUUUGUGGAAUGGGCAACGGGUGGCAGAGAGCUUAAUAUAUCUAUCUCAGGCAGUGACUAUCAGUGUCGGUUGAGUGCGGUGCUUGGUGACUCUGGUCUGUGCCUGGGCUGGGGCGUGUGAGGGAGGUGGCGCUAUCUCCAGCCCGAUAAUGAUAAUCCAUAUCUCCCUUGCCCUGUUUGUCUAGCCUUCCCCCAUUCCACAGCAGAAAAAGAACAAAUUCUUUGCCAUUGAUCUCCAGCUUGCUCCAGUUGAGCUAGUCAUUCAUGGUCAUGUUUACGCUAUGCCCCCCGGUCCUCCGCAGAGGCCGAGCCAGACCGGCCCGUGACUACCAGAAUGGACUGCAGGCGAAGGGGAAAAAAGAAAAGGGACCCAGCUGUACGGAGCUUAUCAGCCGUCACGUGGCUCAUUUUAGCUUCAGCAUCACCAUGAUGGCCGAAUGUAGCCGUUGAGGGGCGUGGGGGGUGCAAGUCCACGAUAAUUGGGGAGAUUGCCUAGUUGAAGCUGGGGAUUUGGUUUGGGAUUCAGUGAUUGCCGCAACAGGCCGCGAUCCCAGUAAAUACGUG